UCUCUCCCCCCUCUCCCACCAUGGUUCCCCUUCCUUCUAAAUGCUGUGUGUACACGUCUCCCCUCACUUUGUCUGAGGCCUGGCUGUAAGGAUGGACUUUGCGCUGCUGCUGCUGUGGCUGUGGGCUCUCACAGGCUCUGUGUUUCUGCAGGUUGCAGAUUCGUGCCCCGAGAGAACUGUGGGAGUGGAGAAGAGCAGGACAUGUCUUCGGACCGUGUAAAAGCACACAGACUGUGGCAGCAGGCGUGUAUGUCUGUGUGAUGGCCAGUGUGGUCUCAGCUGUGUGGCUUCAGGUCGCACUUGUCCGUGGCCUCUACCCCCCACUGAAAACUCAAUAGCUCGCCUCCUCUCUUCCACUCACUCCUUUUCUUCCUUGCUUGAAGUGCAGUGCAAGCCGGGAUACACGUUGCCCAGUGGCACCAAUGCCACUGUUCGCCGUUGUCAAGGUGACCGCCAGUGGAGUGGGGAUGAGCCCAUCUGCACAGAGACCCUGCCAACUAACCCCACUGCUGCCCGAACCUGCCCAGUGCCUGAUGAUGUCAUCAACACCUUUAGGAUCCAGGGCAGCACUGCCGUAGGAACCUUCAUCCACUACAGUUGUCUGUCUGGAGCUGCUAUAGUGGGGAGCAGUGAAAAUUUCUGUCAAGACAAUCAAACCUGGAAGUACACUCACCCCACAUGUAAAAAAAUGCAUUGCCUGCCUCCUAAAGAAGUGGAGAAGGGCUUUGUGGUUGCUGUCCGAAAGUCUGAGUAUGAGGUGGGCUUUGAGAUCCAUUACCUUUGUAAAAAGGACUUCCUCCUGGAUGGACCACAAAGAAUCACCUGCCUGUCAAAUGGCAGUUGGAGUGCUUCCUCACCAUACUGCAGAGCUCGCUGUGUCAUCCCUGCUCAGCGAAGCCGCGUAGUGAUCGGCGGAGAGAAGCGCUGGCCGUUUGAUGUCACGGACACCAUGGUUCCCCACAGAGAAAAUGUGACGUUCUACUGCAAACAUCCUAAUAAGCAGUGCAGCUUCACUAAAACCCAAACCUGUUUUGAUGGAAAACUGCAGCCACCAGGGUGUUACGUUGAACCAACAUGGUUGCAGUACAAACUCUUCCCUCACCGUCUGGUCUCAGAGAUUGAAGCGUGUGAGCAUGGUGAUGUGGAUGGAUGACCUAACCUCGACCUCUAAACAUCGUGUCACCUGAGGAAAACUACACCAGCACUCUACCCCAUCGUAU